UCUUGCACGGACUCUUUUACGCCCUCCGCCUUCCCAGCAUGCACUGCGAAGUCUGCAGUAUAUUAAUGACAAAGAAAAAAGGGCUGAAGAGAAACAACAACAGGGUGGGAUCUGAGGCUCAAACCCUGGCGAUAGCACUGACAUUACAAGAACCUCUGUGCUGACAACAAGCGGAAGUCAAACACAUGUGUCUCUUCACAGUGCUACGUCAUGUGCCUGAGGCGAUGAGAGUGGAAAGCGCCACCUGAAAGGAUAUUACACAGCUUGAAAGUUUGUGGAGAGAGGGGUGGGGGGGCCCAGGCAGACCGUGGACGGGGAAGGGGAAGAGCUCAGCGGGGGCCAAUGCAGCAGCAGCACCGACAGCCUGAGCUGGUGGAAGGAAGCCUUCCCGUGUUCGUGUUCCCCACUGAGCUCAUCUUCUACGCAGAUGACCAGACGUCUCACAAGCAGGUGCUCACCCUCUACAACCCCUAUGAGUUCGCGCUCAAAUUUAAAGUGCUGUGCACAGCGCCAAACAAAUACACUGUGGUGGAUUCCACCGGAGCUGUCAGGCCACAGUGUUGUGUGGACAUAGUAAUCCGACACAGAGAUGUGCGUCCAUGCCAUUAUGGCGUGUACGACAAGUUCCGGCUGCAGGUGUCGGAGCAGAGUCAGCGGAAAGCCCUGGGACGCAAAGAGGUGACUGCCACGCUGCGUCCCUCCGCCUCUCAGGAGCCGCCCAGCCCCCGGCCCCAAGAUGACGAACGCAGGAUCAAAGAACUGGCAGACAGCGAGUUCUUUGAACAGACUGUUUUACAUACAGAGAGCCGUCCUGCUGCUGGAGGCCCCAGUCUGCUGACGGUGCUGCUGGGGCUGGUGUGUAUGGUCGCCCUGAUGCUCCCCACCCUGGGGGAGCAAGAAUCUACUGUGCCUCUCUACCUCCACUUAAGUGUUAACAAGAAACUUGUAGCUGCUUACGUUCUCGGUCUUCUUACGAUGGUCAUCCUACGCACAUGAUGCGCAGCGAGCUGAGAGGAGGGUCAUGAUCUAAAGACGAGAAGAACGUCCCCACACAGGAGGCACUGCUACGCUUCAAUGAGUACGGCUGACCGCAGAGGGACGCAGUACUUAUUCACCCCGGCCCCUGAAAAAUCAUUUUUUAAUAUACUCGUUUUAAAAAGCCGCUUAUUUGUGUUGAUACAUAAAUUGACGCUGAGCUGCGGAGACCCUCGGUGAAAGGAGGGCCCGUGAAGAAACAUGAGGGCCAUUCAAAGUGUUUGACCUCAUAUUCCGUGUUUGUAUUGCCAUUAUGUAACAGAGUAUGGUUAACUGUGUGAAGGACUCUACAUGCAGACAUGUAUAUAAAGCCAUUAAAAUUUUCUUAUGGUA